AUGGAAUUAGCUGUAUCUCACGAGGAUUCUCAAAUUUUACUAAAAGAUAAAAAUAUCUUACAGGAUUCCGUUGUGGAUAAGUAUAGAACUGCAGGUCAAAUCACCCAAACAGCUUUGAAAUAUGUCACUGGUUUAAUUAAUGAUAUCUAUCACUACAGGACUAUUGAAACACCAUUAACAAUUUCAGAGUUAUGUCUUUUGACCGAUUCUUUUAUCGUUACUAGAUUGGAACAAUAUUACAAGAACAAAGUCAACGAAAGAGGUAUUGCCAUUCCAACAUCUAUCGAUGUUGACCAACUAGCUGGUGGUUGGAGUCCUGAAAUUGACGAUAUCAAGAAUCUAAAGAAUUGGAAUAAAGAAACUACAUCUGAGGAAGACCCAUUGAACAGUACUGUUACUGGUCUUCUGAAACCAGGUGAUAUAGUCAAGAUUACAUUAGGUGUCCACAUCGAUGGUUACACUUCUGAAGUUUCCCACUCAAUGGUAAUCUACCCAACUAGUACCAAUGAAGCAGGUAUCGUCGUACCAACUGGUCCUUUAUUAGACAUUAAAGCGGAUGCUGUUGCUGCAAGUCAUAUCGCUGUCGAAACUGUAAUUGCAUUACUUGCAUGUGCUUUGACUCCAGAAAAGCUUCCUGCUACUUUAGGUACUUCCGUUACAGGUCAACUUAUAAGACAUGUUGUUAAUACUAUUGCACGUUCUUAUAAUUGUGCUAUUGUACCAGGUUCCCGUGUUCGUAGAAUUAGAAGAUUUUUGGCAGGUCAAAAUGAAGGUAUUGUUGCGGAAAGGGAAUACAAGGGUGUUGUUUGGGCUGAAUCUCACCAAGAAGCUGAAUUAUUGGCUAACUCUGAGGUUAAGGAUUUAACUGUUGCAACAAACAGUAGUAGAAGUGCCCCAUCUGCCAUUCCUGUGGAUGAUUUUGUCGUUAAGGCCGGUGAAGUCUAUUUAGUUGAUUUAAAGAUGGUACCAUUAGGAAAAACUACUAAGAAGGGUCUAGUUACUUUAGAAGUAGUAGACUCUGCUAAGGGUAAAUCUCAUAGAAAGAAUGAAUUAGUUGCUAGAUCUGGUAUUUUCGUCAGAGAUUUCGCUCAAAUUCAUGCAUUAAAACUAAAGACAUCUAGAAAACUUGUGACAAAAAUUGAUAGAAACGGUGUAUACCCAUUUAAAUUAUCUCAUUUAUCUGAAAAUUUUCCAAUUAUAUCGUCAAAGGAUUACAAUGAACAAAUUUCUGCAUUAGAUAAAGAUUUGAAAUCUUUCAGACUUGGUAUGAGUGAAAUUAUUAACAAUUAUCUAUGUGUUGAAUCUCCAGUUGAAGUUGCCAAAUGGGUUCCAUGGGAUCACAUUUUAAAAGUUUCUAACCAAAAUGGUGCUCUAAGUUAUGACGCCACUGCUAGUUUAACUUUACCAGGUCAUGAAGUUCCAUUACCAAAAUUAGGUAUAGCUACUUUGAAACUAAAGUCUCUAGUGAGAUCAUCUUCUGAGACCAUUGAACUGCCAGUUGUAAGAGAAUGUACCACUGUGGUAUUAUGUGACAGUGAUAUCAGCUCAGGUGAAAGACCAGAGGUGUUAAGAUUGACCGGUGGCUCAAAGACUACUCAACCAAGUUGGAUCCAGUCCAAACUUGAACUAAAUAACCAAGACCCAACUGUACAAGGUAUCUUCCAACUUGCUACAUUAGUCAAGGAUAAGAGAUUCGGUUUAAUAAUCAGAGAAACACAACCAAUGAAACAAAAUAUUGGCCAAAGUUCUAAUGAAAAUAAAGAUAUGGAACUUUAA